AUGGAUACCUACUCAGAGACUGCCGGAGCUGUUGCCGUACAAGCCCCUUGUGGUGCAUGCAAAUUCCUAAGGAGGAAAUGCAUCCCUAGCUGCAUCUUCGCCCCCUACUUCGACUCCGAUCAAGGGGUUACUCGCUUCGCCGCCAUCCACAAGGUGUUCGGCACUAGUAACGCCUCCAAGAUUCUCCUAUGCAUCCCUGCCAAUCUCCGCCGCUGCGCCGCCAUUACCUUAUGCUACGAGGCUCAGGCAAGGCUCUCCAACCCAGUUUACGGUUGCGUGUCAACACUUCUCGCACUGAAGCAACAGGUGGUAUCUCUUCAAGCGGAGCUUGCAAUGGUGAAAACACAGAUAAUGAAUAGCAGAUUUGCAGUGGAAAAUGGGCUUCAGACUUCUCAGCAGCAGGAGGAGCCAAACAACGUGCUAAGCAUAAGCAACUUUAGCUCCAAUUUCAACCUUAUCGGAGAAACCACUUACUCUGAUUCAAACUGUUUUGAUCCAAUUGCCUUUAACAAUCACAUGUUCCGUUAAAGCUGUGUAUUUCAUUCAUGUUUUUCUUGUCUAUGUAGUUUAUACAUUUUUAAGCCCAUCUUCAAUUUCUCUAUUUGUGAACAUUAAAAAUAUGUAAUAAAAAUCCACAUUUUGUAGAUAGAAAACCUUCUGAUAUGUAAUUAACCAUCAAUUUUGUGUUUUAAUCUCUAAAUUCCGCAUCAUAAAGCAACAACCAUCGCCUUCUUUAGAUCCAAAAGAAGAGGUGUCGAAUGUUACCUUCUUCAAAUUCAAAUGAGGCAACCCUCAGAAGCAACACCAUCGCCUUCUUUAGAUCUAAAAGAUGUGACAAUAAUCAUCACUACUUUCAAUCCAGAAGCGGCAAUGACCAUUGCAUUCUCCAAAUCUUAAAAAUGUGAUGCCGCAAAUCUAAAAGAAG